UGUGACUCCCAGAAUGCCUUUCGCGCAGGGCAGGUUCUGGGAUCUCCAUGGAAACGAGGCCUAACGACAAAGAGAGAGAUAUGGAACUCCCCAUUUUCAGUGCUCAGGAGAGGAUUUAGGAAAGGUCGAGCGGGCAAGACGGGUACAGCGUCUGGUGGGGAUUGAUACAACUACGGGGUAGCAGUCACGGUUUGGGAAUCAGGGACGGCCCAGGGAUUGGACCAAAGCUGUGCUGUACUGGAUAUAGUGGGUGUAUAGUAUUUGUUGUGUUUCAUGAACAAGGAAGAACGAGCCCAUCUGGACACCAGAUUCCAUCAGCAUCAUGUCAUUCAGAGACCUGAGGAGUAAGGAUAAUUUUCACGUCUACUUCACUGAGAUGAUGAGGGCUCUGGGCUAUCCUCGUCUGAUCUCGAUGGAAAACUUUCGGAUUCCAAACUUUCCUUUAGUAGCAGAGAUUCUUAUUUGGCUUGUUAAAAGAUACGAGCCCCAGACAGAUAUCCCAACAGAUGUAGAUACAGAACAGGACAGAGUUUUCUUCAUCAAAGCUGUAGCACAAUUCAUGGCUACUAAAGCUCACAUUAAGCUCAAUACUAAGAAGUUGUACCAGGCUGAUGGAUAUGCGGUGAAAGAGUUGCUGAAGAUUACUACCGUUCUCUAUAAUGCCAUGAAAACAAAGCGAAUGGACAGAAGUGAGGAUGCUGAAGAAGACAGUUCAAAAUUCAAAUUUGACUUGGGGUCAAAGGUAUCAGAUUUGAAAACUGCCAGACAGCUAGCCUCUGAGAUUACCUCCAAAGGAGCAACAGUGUUUGAUUUAUUAGGAAAAGAAGUAGAUCUGAGGGAGAUGAGAACAGCCGCAAUAGCUAGGCCGCUGGAAAUCAAUGAGACUGAGAAGGCGCUCAGAGCUGGAAUUAAAGAAAUUAUUGAACAAGUGCAAAAGACCAAGGAAAUGCUGAACAAUGUUGCCUCUGAUGAAGCAAACCUGGAGGCUAAGAUUGAAAAGAAGAAGAUGGAGCUUGAGAGGAGUAAAAAGCGGCUGCAGACCUUGCAGAGUGUCAGGCCAGCCUUCAUGGAUGAAUACGAGAAGAUUGAAGAGGAGCUCCAGAAACAGUAUGAGACCUAUGUGGAAAAGUUUCGUAAUUUGUGUUACUUGGAGCAGCAGCUUGAAGACUUACACAGGAUGGAACAGGAAAGGUUUGAGGAAACUGAAAAUACACUGCGGCUGAUGCAAAAUAAAUUGAAGGAGGAGGAAAAGAGACUUAUGAAAAAUACAGGGAAAGAUGAUGAUUCUGACAAUGAGAUACAGGAGGAUGAGUGCUCAGAUAGUGAUCUAGAAGACAGAAGACCACUAAAACCACGUCUGACUAGGGAGCUGCCCAUUCAGGGCAGAGUUGGUGGUCGUGUGGUUGGGACAAUGCAUGGAGGUGACACAGAGGAUGAGCUUCAAACAUUAUCUGCUCAGUCAAAGGAAGUCAAGAAUUCCAGCAGCAGCAAGGAGGAGUCAGAUGACAGUGAGAUUGAUGUUGAAGAUGACGAGGAUGAGUAUGAAAUUGCUGAAGAUGAUGAUGAAAGUAUUGAUAUUCAACCAGAACAGUCUUCAAGUAGAAUCCACAAGCAGGACCUUGAUGAAAGUGAUAAUGACUUCUAGUCCUAACACUCUGCAACUGCGUUUGCAUAUGUAGAAGAUGCUUUCUGAUCUUCCUCUAGUUUCUUUUGAAUCUCAACAUUAUAUACAUAAAACUCAUGCCCUUUAAGUACAUAACAAACAUGUGGAGCUGUUUGAUAAAUAAUAGGUACAGGACACUAUUUCUAUUAAUGAUUCUAUGUUAAAUAGUUUUCUCUUGUAGUGAAGUCAGUCCUUUAUUCCAAUCCAAAUAAGAACCACAGGUAAAUAUUUCUGAAGAAAAAAUGUAGCAGAUGGAGAAGUUAGAGGGAGAAAAGAAAAACAAAAUUAAAUUGCGCAGCAUUAAAGUCCAAGUAUUGCCC